AUGGCUCAAUCAAUCGUACAACGUGGGAGAUUUUUGCAGUUCUUGAUGCGCUCAUUGCUAGGUUCUUGUGAAGCCGAACUCAUAACUUGUGGUUUCAAUGGACGCAUUUGGAUUAAAGGCUUAAAUAUCAGGGAAACAAUAGCCGUUUACCGUACAAUUCGGGAUUCGGAAUUCAUUGCAGAACCGGAUAUCCCAAUUUUAGUUGAUAAACAGAUCAGGCAACUGCGCGGAUUUCCAGUAGACAAUGAGAUGAAUAUUUAG